UCCCGCGGGCCCUCAAGGCGCCGGGGCCUCGAUGGAGAUCGGGGCCGCAUCGCGAUCGUAUCCCCCGCUGGAUCACCAGAGUGCAGCUCACACUGAAAGAGAGCAGGAUUAGAUUAGAUAUUAGGAAAAAAGUCUUCCCUGUGAGGGUGGUGAUGCAUCCCGGUUGCCCAGAGAAGCUGUGGCUGCCCCAUCCCUGGAGGUGUUCAAGGCCAGGCUGGACAGGGUUUGGAGCGGCCUGGUCUAGAGAAAGGUGUCCCUGUGCAUGGCAGUGGGAUGGAACGAGAUGAUCUUGAAGGUCAUUUCCAAACUAUUCUAUGAUUCUGUGAUUCUUGGCCCUGCACAGGACAACCCCAAGAAUCUCACCCUGUGACUGAGAGCAUUGUCCAAAUGCUCCUGGAGCUCUGUCAGCCUUGGGGCCAUGAUGACUUCCCUGGGGAGCUUGUUCAGUGCCUGACCACCCUCUGGGCAAAGAACCUUUUCCUAAUAUUCAACCUAAACUUCCCCUGACACAGCUCUAGCCAUUCCCUCGUGUCCUGUUACUAUCACAGAGAGCAGAGAUUGGAGCUGCCCUCGGCUGCCCCUCCUGAGGAAGCUGCAGCCCAUAAUGAGGUCUCUCCUCAGUCUCUUCUUCUCCAGACUGAACAGACAUGGGGACUUCAGCAGCUUUUCAUCGGACAUCCCCUCGAGACUCUUUGCAGCCUCCUUUGGACACUCUAAUAGCUUUAUUAUUUUUUAUUGUGUGCCCAGAUCUGCGUGGACCUGUGGGACAAGCAGGGCUCCAGUCUCACUGUGUGCUCAGGGAUCCCCAUCCAUGGGAACCAGGACAUGGCUGAAAACAGAGCCGGAGUCUGUGGGGUACACAGGGAACCCCAACACCGGGGCCAGUCCCACACCUGCACCCGUCUGGCGCAGCCUGGGCACUGCCAUGACUCAGGGACUGCCUGAAGCCGAGGACGUGCCACUGCCGUGUUUGUUCAACCAUCCUCCACGGAUUCUUUACCAAUGAAUCCACCCCAUUAGGCUUUCAGCCACCUGAAUUAUCAGUACCCACAUCCUGUGGCCAGAGGUGCCAGGUCUGGAGCAAACACGUCCUUUGGCACAGCUGGGGUGGUUUGCUGUGGCCAACACCCCGAGUACCCCCUGGCACCUCUUCUUGGCCACUUGGUUCCUCUUUGUCCCACCGAGGGGGUCACUUUACCCCCUUCCCACUGCAUUACCCCGCUCCGCACUCCACGCCCUGCACAGUGAAGAUGCCUGCGGGUGCUUCUCCCGGUGUUCCCAAUCACUCCGGGAAUGCUCGGCGGGCUGUGGGAAGCGCUGAGCGCUCCGACCCACGCCUGCUCUCCCAGUUCUUCUUUGCCGACCAGAGGGUGACACGGGUGGUGGCCGAGAUCAACGGGCUGGAUGCCGAACUGGAUCCGCAGCAGUACCUGCUGCUCCUCAACCAGCUCCACCUCAGCCAGGCUCACCUGCUGGCCGUCCUGGAGCGGAUCAUGGAGGAGUGCAUCCCCACGCAGCGGCACAGCCGUGACUACCUGGUCAAGUUCCCCGAGGAGCUCUUGGUGGACAACUUGGGGAACCACAUGCUGUUUGCUGCCGAGUGCCUCCUGGCUGGGACCUUCCUGGAGAUGGAGGAGUCAGAUGGGGCACAGCUGCGGCCCCAGGCCAGGAAUCUGCUGUGCAGCCUGGAGCUGGUCCGCACAGUGCUGCGGGAGCAAAGCCUGAGCCAACCCAACUCCUACCCAGAGCCUGUCCGGGCUGUGCUCAUCCAAUUUGACCGGCUAUUUGCAGAGUUUGAGCUGAGCUACGUGUCCUCGCUGGUGGCAGUGAAGUCUCCUGAUGAGAUCUACAGGCAGCAGGAGAUCAUCGUGCUCUUCUGUGAGACAGUGGAGAGAGCCCUGCACCUGGGCUACCUGACCCAGGAGAUGAUUGAUGGCUAUGAACCACUGCUGAUGUUCACCAUCCCUCGCCUGGCCAUUAUCAGCGGUCUCCUCAUCUACCCCGAGGGUCCCCUCAGCCUGGAGCGGAGCCCUGAGGAGAUGUCCCGGGUCUUCAGCCCCUUCUACAGCCUCCUGAAGAAGAUCAGGGACCUGUUGUGGGUGCUGUCAGCAGAGGAGCUCUGCCUGCUGGAGAGGAGCCUGUGCACAGCCGAACAGGAGGAUCCCUGCAGUCCAGAUGCCCCCGCAGCUGGGGGGGCAGAUGUGCCCAGUGUGGACCCUCCUGCUCCCUUCAGUCUUCUGGAGGUCCCUAAUGCCACCCAACCACUCCCCACCUGCACGACACGACUGGGACCCCCCAGUGCAGUGGAUGACCUGGGCACCGAUUGGCAGCAGGGGUGUGCGGUGGGCAGGGAACAGGGCCAAGAUGGCACAUCUCAUACCAUCCCUGGCGUAAUGGUCACCUCCGCCCUGCGCAGUCCCCAGCCCCGUGGGAGUGGCCCAGGGAUGGGGGUCAAUGCCACCCCAGGUGCCCGCUGCUCGGAGCUGCGCUCCCGCUACAGCAGCACCAAGGACAUGCUGCACACCCUCUUCGUCUGCAUCUCGGGGGUGGCUGAUCAGCUCCAGACCAACUUUGCCAGUGACAUGCGAAGCAUCUUGAAAACGGUCUUCAAGAUCGUGUGCUCGCAGGCGGAGCCCUCGGAGGAGCAGAGUUACAGCAAAGAGAAAGAUGGUGACUCCUGUGGGACAGAUGCUCCUCGCGUGGCUGACUGCCCACUGUGCUCCAGGCCUGCAGAGGCUGCCAGGCUCCGGAGGGCAGCAGGUGCCCGCCACCUGCCCGAGUGGGUGCCCGACAGCACAUGCAGCCAGUGCUCUGCCUGCCGCUCGCCCUUCACCCUGCUGCGCCGCCGGCACCACUGCCGCAGCUGCGGGAAGCCCCUCUCUGGCCUCUCGGCAGAUCUUCUGUGCCCGCUGCUCACCGAACACCGCAGUGCUGCCCUACUAUGGCCAGGCCAAACCCGUACGUGUCUGCGCCCACUGCUACAGCACACACCUCCCGCCCACAUCCCGCUGUGCCCGGAGCCAGUGAGAGUCCUUCUGCCAAAUCUGGAUCUUAGGAGGCCGCACAGCUGGGUGCCCAGGGCCACUCCGGGGCUGCCGGGCAGCACCUCGGCCCCGUGACUCUCCUCAGAGCUUGGUGGGCAUGGCGGCAGGACCCCCCCACCUGGUGUUAGGCUUCCCCCCCGAUGCACAGGGGCAGGACCCCACACACGGUGGCAGCCCGUGCGGAGUGAUGGUGGGCGCAGGACCGCCUCUCCUGGUGCACCAUGGACUGCUCUGCUUUGGGUGAGCUGCCUGCUGCCGCCGUGCACCUGCCCCCCGGCUGGAAAUGUGCUUCGUGGUGGUUUUUUUUCAGGUGAACUUUGGCUGCUGUUGGGCCCGGGGCAGAGUCUCCCCCCGGGGCCUGGCCUGAGAAGGUGCAAACAGCCCUCACAUGACAGCGGGUGCCCCGGGGCCGCCCGUGCCGUGCCGUGCCGUGCCCGGGAGCUGGGGCCCGGCGCUCCCCUUCCCUCCCUAUCGCCUCCACCCGAUGGAUUUUAAUAAAGACAUA